AUGAAAGUUGUUAUUCUACUCAUUUGUUGUGUCACUCUUACUAUGGCGAACAAUUCUACACAAGCAAGUUUAUAUGUGAGUUUCAUCACACCUAAGAUUGUUCCAUUUUUACUCGGCACAUUUCGUUUUGAUACAUUAGAAACUGUUGACUUUCCACUGGAUGUUAUAUUUCCCUCAACAGCGCGUCGAGUUGAUGUGAUAGUUUUCAUGCGAAGUGGAAUGAAUUCUUACGAAGCUUCUGUUAAUCUUUGGUUAUGGACAGAAUGUCCUGAAAAGGGCACGUCUGAUACAAAAUUCAAGCGUGGUCAUCGAUACAAUCAGGUUGCUUAUGCAUUCGAUUCUGAAUUACUCGAGUUUUCAUAUUGUUCAUCGAAACCAACACUACAUAUCACUACAGACAAUUAUGCAAAUAAUGUUCUCGUCGAAUUGUAUGCUGCAGGUUAUUCUCAUGUUUAA